AGGGUCCCCUUUAUCUACUAAAGUGCGAGUGGCCAGCAGAGGAGAGGAGGAGUAAAGGCAGGGGACGAUCACAGAGCUUUUAAGUGCAGCUGGGUACUGAUAUUUCUGCAGACACUAACUGAGCAUACGUACGACAGGAAAAAAUGGCAGUUUUGUUUGGCAGCUCCACCGCACCUUUACUUGGGGUUAGCAUCUUCAUUGCUAUUCUGACCUACUUUACGUACAAGCUGCUGAGCGAUUAUCUGCACAAAUGGUUUGAAAUGAAGCCUAUCCCGGAGCUGGGAACAACAUACCCCUUCAUCGGAAAUGCUCUGGAGUUCAAAACCAAUGCAGGAGAUUUCUUUCGUCAAAUUGAGGAUUAUACCAGGGAGUUCCGUGACAGACCGCUGUUUAAACUCUGGCUCGGUCCAGUCCCUUUUGUGGUUCUGUAUCAUGCUGAAACAGUUGAGACGGUUCUGGCUAACCCCAUUCACAUGGACAAAUCCUUUGCAUACAAGUUCCUCCAUCCUUGGCUAGGAACUGGUCUCCUUACUAGCACUGGACGUAAGUGGCGUCAGCGGAGGAAGAUGUUGACACCCACCUUUCACUUCUCCAUCCUGGCCGACUUCUUGGAAGUGAUGAAUGAGCAGGCAGAGAUUCUGGUGGAGAAGCUGGAAAAGCAUGUCGGGAAGGGUCCAUUCAACUGCUUCAGUCUCAUCACCCUCUGCGCGCUAGACAUUAUCUGUGAAACUGCAAUGGGAAAGAAAAUUUAUGCACAGAAUAACUCUGAUUCGGAGUAUGUUAAGAGCGUGUACAAGAUGAGUGACAUUAUCAGUCGCAGACAGCGGACACCUUGGUUAUGGCCUGACUUCAUUUACAAUUACUUUAGUGACGGCUGGGAGCAUGACAAGACACUCAAGAUCGUCCAGUCCUUUACAUAUAAAGUGAUCCACGAAAGAGCUGAGAAAGUGUCCUUUACUGAAUCAGACAGCGAAAACGACCAGGGCACGAGGAAACGACGGGCAUUUCUGGACAUGCUCCUGAGCACCACCUAUGAAGAUGGCAGCAAGAUGAGCCAUCAGGAUAUCCAGGAGGAAGUGGACACCUUUAUGUUUCGGGGUCAUGAUACUACAGCUGCCUCUAUGAACUGGGCCCUACACCUGCUGGGCUCGCACCCUGAAGUACAGAGGAAAGUUCAACAAGAGCUACAGGAGGUGUUUGGUACAUCUUCCCGGCCCAUUAACACUGAAGACCUGAAGAAGCUCAAGUACUUGGAGUGUGUGAUCAAGGAGGCUCUGAGGCUGUUUCCCUCUGUGCCUUUCUUCGCUCGUAGCCUCGGUGAAGACUGCCAUAUCAAUGGUUUCAAGGUUCCUAAAGGUGCAAAUGCAAUCAUAAUCACCUAUUCUCUUCACCGUGAUCCACGGUACUUCCCUGAGCCUGAGGAGUUCAGGCCCGAGCGUUUUUGGCCUGAGAAUUCGGUAGGAAGGCCUCCCUACGCAUAUGUCCCCUUCUCAGCUGGACUCCGCAACUGUAUAGGCCAGCGUUUUGCUCUAAUGGAAGAAAAGGUGGUUUUGGCAUCCAUUUUGCGCAACUUCACCGUUGAAGCCUGUCAGAAACGUGAAGACCUACGCCCGGUUGGAGAGCUCAUCCUGCGACCAGAGAAGGGCAUUGUGAUCAAACUAGAAAAAAAGAUGCCUCAAACAUUAUCAGACUAACACCUGACUAACUGGGGCAUUUGCUCUGUGCUGUUUUAAUCUAAUGGCCGAUAACAAAGGAACAUUUAAAAAAAAUAUUUUAGUGAUUUUAGUUCCUAUUGUCCUUUGACAGCCACCCUUCCACUGAGACCAUUUCUGAUGAGGCUUCAGUGAACAGUAGAUGAAUCAACUGAAGGGUCAGAUGUAUCCCUCAGGUCCUGUGUCAGGUCUUUUUUCCUGUUUCUUAAUUGCAUGACUUUCAGAAACUGUUCAUCUGCUGUAAAUAGUUUUUUCUUAGCUGUACCAAUUCUUCUUUUUUCCCCCACUUGUUCAGUUUUAUUCAAAUUUUAAGGACACACUGCACAGCAUGCUGAGAUAUGCCAGGUUUUCUGCUAAUAGCUCUUUGGGAAUCUCUUUGUUGGUGCAAAAAUACAGUUUCAUGCUUGUCAAACUGUUUUAUUUUUGACAUUUUUUUGUUGUUGUGUGACAGGCUGCUAGUAACAGAGUGCCAAAAGAUACAAUUUAGAAUUGGUCCUUUGCUAAGUUGUCUGUUAUGUGUAGACAACACUGGUUCAUCCCUUGAGUUAGGGAGUUAGGGUAGCUUAACAAACAACAAAGGAAGGAAAAUAUACAGAAAUGAGGGGUGGCUCAAGUCUUUUGAAAAGUACCAUAUUAUUGUGGUACAACUACAGAAUUACAGUCUUAAGAACUAAAAGCUUUAAAAAUAUGGAAUUUACAGCAUCAUGAUGAGGUAGAUAAAAAUGAACUGAUGACUCUGAAACACAUGAUUAAUAACUGGUUCAAAAAGGGAUAAAUAGCUGCUUAACUGGAAUCAGUCACAGAUAAUUAUUUUCUAGCUUACUUGCCUUUUGUGAAAAAAAAAUCAAAGUAUUAAUCAUCAUUCAUAACCAGCAUACACACAUCCUUUCUUUUUGUAUGUGGCUGAGUAAAGUACAUAAAUAGUAUAGAGCAGUGGUUCCAAAAGUCAAGAGUGCUGUGGCCCCCUUAAAGACCAGACCCCCCCCCCCCCCAUCUUCUGUUAGUGCCAGUCUGUGAAAUUUGUGAAUUGUGAAAGUUUUAGAUUUCCUUGAAAAUUUGAUUUAAAAAACAUAAACAACACAGGCUGUUGCCACCCAGUCACAUGUGAAGUGCUAAUGGCAAUACAUAACCCACCUGCCACUGGGACACAAACGUCAAUUCAAGAGCAGUAAAUUUAGGUCAGAGUAAUGAGUAAUAUCACAGAUCAACCACCUCCUAUUACCAGCUUUAAUUCACUUUUUA